AUGGAUGAGAAUUUUCAUUUCAUUGCUGUUGGUCUCACGCAAAUAUGUGCAAAGGACGAGAAAGAAAAUUCACCCACACACACACGCAAAACACAUCUCGCAUUCUUUCACUCGGCGUCGGUGUUGUUAUUUCAACACCUUAUGAAACAAGAAUGUGACGAGUUGCAUCAUCAAUUAAAUCAUUUGAUCUGCGAAGCCAUAUCAACUUUACCAAAUGGAAUUUUCGGCUCAGGUCUCAUUUAG